GGCGCUUACACAUUUGUAUUCCUUGCUCGUCUCUUAUCAGUUAUCUCUAGCCAAAGAAUCAGCUCGCCUGAUUGCUCCGUCUCUUAAAACCCUAAGUGUCUCCGCCUCAGAGCUCUUUUCCGAUUAAACAAAGAGUUAAUUUCGCGUGAUCUGUAGCUGUAUCGAAAUCUUUCAAUCAUGGCGAGUCAAACACCGAAUCUCGAGUGCCGGAUGUACGAGGCCAAGUAUCCAGACUUGGAUAUGGCGGUGAUGAUUCAGGUCAAAAACAUAGCCGAUAUGGGAGCCUAUGUUUCACUGCUCGAAUACAACAACAUCGAAGGCAUGAUCCUCUUCUCCGAGCUCUCUCGCCGUCGGAUCCGAAGUGUGAGUAGUUUGAUUAAAGUCGGAAGAAUUGAGCCUGUUAUGGUUCUGCGUGUGGACAAAGAGAAGGGAUAUAUUGAUCUGAGCAAACGUAGGGUCAGCGAGGAGGAUAUUCAGACUUGUGAAGAGAGGUAUAACAAGAGCAAGCUCGUCCAUUCUAUCAUGCGCCAUGUUGCAGAGACUCUAUCGAUCGAUUUGGAGGAGUUGUAUGUGAACAUUGGUUGGCCUUUGUACCGAAAACAUGGUCACGCUUUUGAGGCCUUCAAGAUCUUAGUGACUGAUCCUGAUUCUGUGUUGGGUUCUCUCACACGUGAGAUCAAAGAAGUCGGGCCUGAUGGACAGGAGGUGACUAAGGUUGUACCCGCUGUUACGGAAGAAGUGAAAGAUGCACUUGUGAAGAACAUUAAGAGGAGAAUGACACCACAGCCAAUGAAAAUCCGGGCUGAUAUCGAAUUGAAAUGUUUUCAGUUUGACGGAGUUGUUCACAUUAAGGAGGCCAUGCGAAAGGCUGAAGCUGCUGGAAACGAAGACUGUCCUGUUAAAAUUAAAUUGGUUGCUCCACCUCUUUAUGUUCUUACAACUCAGACACUUGACAAGGACCAAGGAAUUGAAAUUCUAAACAAAGCCAUAGCAGCUUGCACUGAGACAAUUGAGACACACAAAGGCAAGCUCGUCGUUAAGGAAGGAGCUAGAGCUGUGAGUGAACGAGAUGAUAAGAUGCUGACUGAACACAUGGCUAAGCUACGGCUUGACAAUGAAGAAAUUAGCGGCGAUGAAGAAAGCGGAGAAGAAGAAGAGGACACCGGCAUGGGCGAAGUUGAUAUCGAUGGUGGCGCCGGAAUCAUUGAGUAGGAAGAUUUUGCCGGUUUUACGGUUUCAGUCUAAUUUUCAUUCUGUGUUGUACCCCAAUCUCAACUAGUAUUUUGCUUUAAAGUUUGACAGGCAGUAGAAAACCUCCCGAGAGGAUUUGUGUUUUUUUACCGUUACAUAUCAAUCAUUAUUACAUUCAUGAUUUUAUAAAGUUUGAUUAUUUUGCACUAGA